AUUUAAAAUAAAAUUAUUAAAACCUAAAUAAUAUUUUACUUGCAACAAAACUCCAAUAUAUGUAUGUACGUUCCGUCGCGUUUUACCGUCGCGUGUGUCGUUCGAGUUAUCUCCAAACCACCCACGAAACAAAAAUAAAUUGCAAACAAAUGUGCCUGUGUUGCAGUAAAAUURCAAAGUAUUCUCAAAAUUAGAAAGAAAAGAAAACAGCAGUGUGAACCAAAAAAAAUUUGCAUGAAACGCUUGCAAAUUGAGUCGAGAGUGUUGUGUGCCGUAGUUUUGCAAUAAAACUUGAAACAAGACAAAAUAACAAAAUACAAUUUUCAUAAACUACAGUUAGCAGCGCCAAUUAGUGGACUUGCGAGUCGGCCACCACAUCAAGAAAAGCCCGCAACAGCAACUGCAACCAAAGGGAAACAACUCGGCAAACGUUGCAUAGCGCGUGCUGCUUGCAAAAGUGGCACAGGUCGGGCUGGACAUCGCUCCUAGAGCAUUAAUGGCUCAACCUAGGUAUGAUGAUGGCCUGCAUGGCUAUGGUAUGGACUCGGGUGCUGCAGCAGCUGCCAUGUACGAUCCACAUGUCGGACAUCGGCCGCCCGGAUUACAAGGCCUCCCCACGCAUCAUUCACCGCACAUGACACACGCUGCUGCGGCGGCGGCAACAGUUGGCAUGCAUGGCUACCACACUGGCGCUGGUGGUCAUGGUACACCUAGUCAUGUAUCACCGGUUGCUAAUCACUUAAUGGGCGCAAUACCCGAAGUACAUAAACGUGAUAAGGAUGCGAUCUAUGAACAUCCACUAUUCCCGCUCUUGGCGCUAAUAUUUGAAAAAUGUGAGCUGGCCACAUGUACGCCCCGAGAACCUGGCGUGCAAGGUGGUGAUGUCUGUUCGUCAGAAUCCUUCAAUGAAGAUAUAGCAAUGUUCAGCAAACAGAUAAGAUCACAGAAACCCUACUACACAGCGGAUCCCGAAGUCGACUCACUGGUGCAUGAAUUAUGCGAUAAUUUCUGUCAUCGAUAUAUCUCAUGUUUAAAGGGUAAAAUGCCAAUAGAUUUAGUGAUUGACGAACGGGACACCACCAAACCACCAGAAGUAGGUUCAGCUAAUGGUGAAGGAAGAAGUAAUGCCGACUCGACAUCGCACACCGAUGGAGCUAGUACACCAGACGUUCGGCCCCCUAGUUCACAAUUGUCMUAUGGUGGCGCCAUGAACGAUGACGCUAGGUCGCCGGGCGCUGGUAGUACACCUGGCCCACUAUCACAACAACCACCUGUCUUAGACACAUCAGACCCUGAUGGUAAGUUCUUAUCAUCACUAAAUCCUUCAGAACUAACAUAUGAUGGUCGAUGGUGUCGAAGAGAAUGGUCAUCACCUGCCGAUGCUAGAAAUGCAGAUCCCUCAAGGCGAUUAUACUCCUCAGUCUUCCUCGGCAGUCCUGACAAUUUCGGCACAAGUGCAAGUGGUGACGCCAGCAAUGCCAGUAUAGGCAGCGGCGAGGGCACAGGCGAAGAGGAUGACGAUGCGAAUGGUAAAAAGAACCAAAAGAAACGUGGCAUUUUCCCAAAAGUAGCAACAAAUAUCUUAAGAGCGUGGCUGUUUCAGCAUUUAACGCAUCCCUACCCCUCCGAGGAUCAGAAAAAACAGUUGGCGCAAGAUACCGGCCUAACGAUACUGCAAGUGAACAAUUGGUAAGU